GCGGAGCUCUCCCCGGAUGGAAGCUCCGGUCGCGGAGUGAUGGUGGCGGCAGCGAAGAUGGGCCGGGCAGGGACCAUGGCGGUGGCGGUAGAGGUGGCAAGGGCGGGGCGGCUGGCGGUAGAGGAGGCUGUGGUCUUCAGGGGGCUGUAGGUGGAGGCAUGGCUCGGGCCAGCAGCGGGAACGGCAGCGAGGAGGCCUGGGGGGCACUUCGGGCGCCGCAACAGCAGAGUCCGGCAGCGUCUUCUCUUGAGGGAGCAAUUUGGAGAAGAGCUGGAACCCAGACUCGCGCCCUGGAUGCCAUCCUUUAUCAUCCACAGCAAUCCCAUCUGACUGAUUCUUGGUGUUCCAAAUCCUCUUCCACGUUGACAGCCCUUCAGAUAUUCGAACACUUCUUUCAGCGUACCCCACCUCCCCAUCUCUCCAACCUGAACUUGGUUCACAGGCUUCGAGAACUGUGCCCAGGAGUGAAUAACCAGCCCUACCUCUGUGAGAGUGGUCACUGCUGUGGGGAGACUGGCUGCUGCACCUACUACUAUGAGCUCUGGUGGUUCUGGCUGCUCUGGACUGUCCUCAUCCUCUUUAGCUGCUGUUGUGCUUUCCGCCACCGACGAGCUAAACUCCGGUUGCAACAGCAGCAGCGGCAGCGUGAAAUCAACUUGUUGGCCUACCAUGGGGCAUGCCACGGGGCUGGCCCUGCCCCUACUGGUUCACUGCUUGACCUUCGCCUCCUCAGCGCCUUCAAACCCCCAGCCUACGAGGAUGUGGUUCACCGGCCAGGCACGCCGCCACCUCCUUACACUGUGGCUCCGGGCCACCCCUCGAUUGCUCCCAGUGAAUGCACCUGCUGCUCCUCCACAUCCAGCUGCUGUGCCCACUUCGAGGGAACAAAUGUGGAAGGUGUUACCUCCCACCAGAGUGCCCCCUCUCAUCAGGAGGGUGAUCCUGGGGCAGGGAUGAGCCCUGCCCCCACACCCUUCUCUGGUCGCUAUCGCCGCCUGACUGGUGACUCGGGCAUUGAGCUCUGCCCUUGUCCUGACUCCAGUGAGGGUGAUCCAGUCAAGGAGGUGAGGGCUAGUGCCAUCCCACCACGUCUGGAGGACCACUCCCCUUUCGCACUGCCCCCAGAUCCUGCACUCCAGGUCUCUCCCACGGGGCCGGCUUCCACUGCAGAGGACAUCCCAUAAGUAGUUUUGGGAGGGUGAGUGGGUUAUUUACCCACCAGAAACAGCCCUGGUCCCAACUCAUGUUCUCUUUGGCCCCUCCCUGCCCUCCUAGAAUCUGCCUGAAAGGGCUAGAGCCCUAAGGAGAGGGGCAGCAUUUGGGGGACUGUACUAGCUCUAGCCCCCAAGACAUACACAGGAGCCUUUGAUCUCAUUAAAGAGAUGUGAACCAGCUG